AUGGGCGUGGUGGGCAUGGGCGUGAGCGUGGAGGUUAUGGAUUGCAGCAGCAGCAGCAGCAACAGUGGCAGUGGCACUGGGAGUGGCAGUAUCGGUGGCAGCAGCUGUGUUAAAAGUCACAGUAACAAGGCAAGCAAGCAGGCAGCACGACGUCCGAGGAAAGAGGCAGCACUAGCACCAGCACCAGCAGCAACCAACCAACUAGGUGUGGGUGUGUCGGGGCGACUUUACAUAGGGGGGGGGGGAAUGGAAGGGGAAUGGAAGGGUGGGAAGGAAGGGGAGACAGAAACUGGGAGGGAUGUUCGCUGUGUGGUGACGAUGGUUGGCUGGAAGGGCGGUUUGGGGAAGGGGCAGCGCGAGUGGGAAAUGGAAGAUCGCGAAUUCUUCUGGAAGCCCGGAAGGAGAGAGAUCUUGACAGCGGCCAACGACAACAACAGCAACACAGCAACAACAACGACGACGACAGCAACGACAACGAACGUGAACGCCAACGUCAACGACAGCGAAAUGGCAGGAAAUACAGAUCGUACCAAGUUAGUACAUACCCUUCUUUUACAGAGGAACUACAUACAACUCAUAACCCAAGUCACUCUAUCCCUUAAACCACAGUACUCUAAACAUCAGCGGCGAAGACAACCCAGUUGCGGCCAUCAAUAG